ACAAAAAGGCGGUUCCUACAACGUUACGUGUAGAGACAUUUUUAAAUGUGUAUUGUAUUGUUUUCAAAGCCGGUUCUAUGACUUCAUGACAAAAUCCUUCUUAUUGUUUUAAGUAUAGUAGUGUAGAGGCUAACGUUUUGAAAUGAAUAAUUACACUAUAAACAAGUACUUGGAUGAGGUAUCAAAUGCCUGGCGCACUAGAAACCCAGUUGGCUUAUCCAAUUUGCUGUCAUUGAGGCAUUGUCACAUUGCUAGUUCUAAAUUGCAUCUCCCUGAUGCAGGUAGUGCAGUUGAAAGAUUCCUUCAAAAUCCCUUAGACGAAGUUGUUGUUGCUCACCUAAGGGUGAUAUGGGCACUCCAGACACCAGACUAUGCAGAGGCCUAUCGCUGCCAAUCAUUGGUGGUACAAGCAUUUUCACGAAUGCUCUUAGCAUGUCGAGAUGACAACUGGCUUUUGAAAGCUAUGUUCACUGUUUGUCUUGACCUGAGACUUCUGGCCAUUCAGGCUGACAAGCAUAAUUCAGACAAAGGCUUUGGUAAAUCUAUGGAAGCUUUAGAAAAAGCAGCAGAAUGCUUUAUGUCUUGUUUCCGAGUCUGUGCCUCUGAUAAUCGAGCCACUAAUGAUGACACCAAAAAAUGGGGUAUGAUGUCUCUAGUUAACCAACUCUUCAAGGUUUAUUUUCGUGUCAACAAGUUGCAUCUAUGCAAACCUUUAAUAAGAGCUAUUGACUCAUCCCCUUACAAGGAUCUUUUUCCUGUCAGCCAACAAGUGACAUACAGAUAUUAUGUGGGUCGUAAGGCCAUGUUUGACAGUGAUUACAAGACAGCUGGAGAAUAUCUUACAUACGCAUUUGAAAGAUGCCAUAAACAAUCUAAACGUAACAAAAGACUCAUAUUAAUUUACUUGGUGCCAAUUAAAAUGAUUUUGGGCUACAUGCCACAGAGGAAACUUCUUGAAAAAUAUGAUUUACUCCAAUUUUGGGAGCUGGUUCAGGGUGUUCAGUCAGGUGAUGUACGCCGCUUAAAUGAAGCAAUGCGGCAGCAUCAGAAAUUUUUUGUUCAGUGUGGUAUUUACCUUCUCUUGGAAAAACUAAAAGUUAUAGCAUACCGCAAUCUUUUUAAAAAAGUGUAUCUUCUUCAGAAAACUCAUCAGAUAUCCAUGGAGGCCCUUCUCUGUGCUCUAAAAAUGAUGGAUAUAGAGGACAUUGAUUUGUCUGAGACCCAAUGCAUUGUUGCUAAUCUCAUCUAUGAAGGAAAGAUAAAAGGCUACAUCUCUCACCAACAUCAAAAGCUUGUGGUCAGCAAACAAAAUCCAUUCCCUCCCCUCAGCUCUUUGGAGUAAUCUGUUGUUUUGUUUUUUGAAAAAUAGGAGAUGUACAGUAAUUUCAAAUAAAAUCCCUACCAGAAUUGGACAGGAAAACUAAAGAAAA